GUUGUUUCGGAGCUCGGAUCCCACUCAUCCCCUGGCAGACUGAUCCCUUUCUGAGUGGGACAAUUCCCCCUGUUCUGUGCUUCCGCUGGCAUGUGCUUGAAUUGCUUGGAGGAAGGAGUUGGCUGCCUCAAGGCUCUGUUGUCUCUGCAAGCCUUGUCGACACCACAGAGGGAGAUGGCCAGGAGCUCGCAAGCCCAAAGGUGCUUUUGCAAAGCAAGUAGUCAAACUGUUUCCUGGAACACUGCAUCAGCCACUUCUUCUGCUGACUGAGACGCCCUAGGCAGCUGCAGUGUCAUUGCUGAACUGUCUCUUCCCCCUGAGAGCCACCUAACCUCGUCUGUCCCAUCAGCUCUGCCUCUAUCUGCAAGUUUGAAUGAAUUUGUAUCCAUGUGGCUUCCAGCUGGGAAGGCUGCAGCUCAGCUGGUGAACCACAGCUCCUCUCCCUGAGAAGGGUGGUCAGCCAAAGUAUGGAGACUUCUUCCCAAGUCUUUAGCGCCACCAGCUUUCAUCCUGUCACGAACGUCAGCACAGAGUGCAAGCCACAGGUGCUGCCCCAUGUCAUCCCCAUCCUGAUGAGCAUCCUCUUCUUGGCCUGCCUUGUUCUGAACAGCACCAGUCUGUGGAUAUUCUGGUUCCAUAUCAAGCAGUGGAAUUCUGGCAUGAUCCUCCAGUUCAACCUAGUCUUAACGGAUGCCCUCCUUAUUCCCAUUGUGCCGCUGAUGGUGGCCUACUUCAGCCUGGGCAACACCUGGCAAUUUGGUCAGUUCCUCUGCCAGCUAAAAGUCUUCAUCCUCAGCACCCACUUGUAUGGCAGCAUCUACUUCCUGACGCUCAUCAGCAUUCACAGGUACCUUGCUGUCGUUCACUAUAGCACCAGGACCCUUUGGAAGAAGAAGUCCUUCAUGAAGAAACUCAGCUUGUUUGUAUGGUUUCUCCUAAGCAUCCAAGGGCUGCCCUUCUUCAUCAUCCUCAAGACUUCAUUACUCAGUGGCUCUGUGAAAUGCCUGAGUAUCCAUCAGUCGGAGUUCUCCUCUCUGUACUUGUACUACAAUAUCUUCCUGGUGACGGUCAACUUCCUCCUCCCCUUUGGCAUCUCCUUGACCUGCUAUGCCUUGCUGGGCGCUACCAUUGCUAAAAUGAACAGUACGAGCCUCCGGGGCAGGGUGAUGAAAACAAAGUCCUUACAGAUGAUAAUGGUGUCCCUGGCUAUCUUUGUCAUCUGCUUUGUGCCACUGCAUGUGAGCAGGACUGUGGGAGUGAUUGUAAAGUAUUACAAUAUGUCCUGCGAGCGCCUGCACCAGGUGGAAAUGGCGUAUUAUGCCUCUUGGCUUUUCACCAUGGUGAACUGCUGUCUCAAUCCCUUGAUCUACAGCUUUGCUAGUGAGAAGUUUAAUGAGUCCUUCUCAAAAUCCCUGAGAAAAUUCCGGUUCUUAAAGUGAAUUUGCAGGAUUCAGGGCCCAUGCUAGCACUUCCUGGGGGACCAGUCAGAGGUGCUGUAAAUUCUAGGAGCCAGAUCUUUAGUAGUGCCGGAACUCUGCUCGACACGGUUUGGAGACCGCAAAUGUGGCUCUAAAGAUGUGUCUCCCCUGCAGUGAUGGGGAAUGAUUGCAGCUCAUGGAGAUACAUCCAAGCUAGAUUUAAUCUAGAUAGCUUGGGUCCCAGAGAAGUGAAGCUGUGGCAGUGCCCACUUCAGUGUAUGCUGUGCAAGACCACCGGGAACCCUAACUACUCAUUGGGGUAGUCCAUGCUGAAGUGUACCCUGCUGCUCCUUCAUUGUUCCAGUGCUCGAGCUAGCUAGAUUAAAGCUAGCUCAGGUAUGUCUACAUGAGCUGGAAUCCUACCCUAUGAUUGCACUGUAGACAUAUCCUGAUCCCCAGGGCUGCUGGGUGCCAGUUCAUCCCCUGGCAAAAUUUAGAGCAACCUCAGGACUGCUCUAAGGUCUACCAGCUGUAAUGGUCUCCAAGGGGUCUUUCCUGCAGCCAGGGGAUCACUGGAGUGUAAGAGUGCUCUUGCCAUAUGCUUUUCCCAGUCAACUCCCACUAAACUGACAGCUGUAAGGGGAAACCCUCAGGUAGCUGGCUCUGCCAACUUUUGUUUUCCUUGGUGCUGUUGGAACGGCCCAGCACAGCUACAGUGGGGUUGAUGAUCUGGACUUAAGGCUGUAAACCAAAAGACAGUUUUUCAGUGUCAGCCAACCCAGUGAAAAACCCAUUUCUGCAAAGGAGCAAAACGUGUUGAACCCUUGUCUUCCAUGCAAAUCAUAAUGCAGUUUCUCACCAGGAGAAAAAAUGUCUCUGAAGGUAACGAGCAAUGCAAGGUGCAGGAUGGGCUUGUGAACCCAGCACCAAAGCAUAUAGGAAAGAGAACCUUCCUCCAGAUGGACAGCCUAUCCCCACUUUAUGUCAUUGGCUGUAGAAUCUAGAAGCUAGCUGUAUUACCCAAAGCAACAGCCAAAGAGGAAGUCUCUUUAGAGACAAAUGUGUGAGGGGGAGGUUUGCACCACCCUUGAUUUAAUUAUACCAGUGUGGCAGGCAGCAGAUUCAAUGAGAUGAGGGUUCCUUAUUUUAAAAGGAAAGCCAGUGUCCCUUCUGCACUACAAAACUUGUCAACCUUAGUGUCCAAGCUACUGGGGCUUUUUAAAGUGCCAAAAUCAGUUGCACCAUAUCGUGGAGAAUUUGCCUGGCAAGUUUCUAGGCUCUCAAGCCAUGACCCCUUACAUGGGAGAAAGCUGAAAGCAUGCAUGAGCUCCAAAAUGUUCAGUGAAAUACACUGUAGUAAAGAACGGAAUUAUCAGAUGCAUAGAUGAACAUGAUUUGUUGGGGAAGAGUCGACACAGCUAUUGUAAAGGGAAAUCAUGCCUCACCAAUCUAUUAGAAUUCCUUGACAGGGUCAACAAGCAUGUUGACAAGGGUGAUCCAGUGUAUAUAGUGUACUUGAAUAGUAGUUUGUGCGUUUUACUUCUGGAAGUUCCUGGUUCAAUUCCUGCUCACAACCAAGAUAGCGGUUGUCACAUAGAGGAGGCAAAUGUGAUUCUUAACCACCAUGUUAUCAAGUCCUGCUCAGAGCAAAUCUAAGUGAUAUGGUGGUACAAACAGCUAUGCUCUGUGUAUAUGAGUGCCAGAUCACCUAUAGUGGUGCAACAGUGGGAGAUCUCCCAGAACAGGCUAGUGUAGACAAAACCAAAGGAGAAGUUAUAAAGGCACAUUGCUCGGAAACUUUGUAGUGCUUUGCCUGACAAUGCAACUUAAGAAACUCACAUUGCUGCUCUUUGACUGCUGUACCUUGUCAUCUGUUACCUGCU